AUGAAUAAAUUGAAUUUGGACUUGAAGGCUGCAGAUGAAAAACUUCUAUUACAACUUAAUGAGCUGGAUGAGCUCAGAAUGGAGGCCUAUGAAAAUUCAAGACUCAACAAAGAACACCCCAAGAAGUUUAAGCUGUUUCCAGGAAAGCUGCGAUCGAGAUGUUCUGGUCCCUAUACUAUUACACAGGUAUUUUCACAUGGAGCAGUUGGGAUCACUUAUGACAGUAAGGGGACAUUUAAGGUCAAUGGACAGCGUUUGAAACACUAUUGGAGUGACGAUUUCUCAAAGAAAAAGUCUACCGUUCAUCUUAGGCCACCAGAAUGA